AUGGCUGAAAAUAUCUUUUCCAAAUACCUUACGAAAGAAGAUAUGAUUUCUGUUAUCAAUUUUUUUUCAAUAGAUUUAUUAAUAAAUCUUAUUGAAAACAAAUGUCAUUUUACACCAAAAAUUACUUUCACAUAUGGACAAGAACCUUUUUUUCCUUUUAAUGUUAAAAAAUAUCAUACUUCUAAAGAAAAACUUUCUGAACGUUGGUCUGAAAUUAAUAAUAUAGUUUUUCCUAUUAAGAUUGAUUCAAAUGAUGAUUUAAAAAUGUUUUUUAUCGAUUCAAUUAUCAAAAAUAUCUUUCCUCAAAUUUUAUUUAUUCAUUCACAAUAUUCACCAGAAGAUUUAGAAAAAAAAGUUAAUGAUAUUAACUUUUUUAAUAAUCGUUAUUCAAAAAAAGAACUUGCUUUAUUUUUUGAAAAAGUUCCUUACUUUGGUCUUCAUCAAAAUGUAUCUCUUAUUCAUUUACAUAAAAUGAAUAUAACAGAAUUUGAUCAAAAAGAAGUUUUUAUUAUUAACUUUAAUAAUAUUGAUCUUAAAAAUCGUUGGGAUAAUUAUAAUAAUCAAACUUCUUUUAUCAUUAGAUUAGAUGAUAUUCAAUCUUAUAAAUUAUUUACAAUCGAUUUAAUUGUUAAAAAAAUAAUUCCAAGGGAAAUUAUUUCUAUUUCUAAAUAUUCUCAUGAAGAAUUAUUCAAAGAUACAAUUAUAUUUCAAUGA